GUUCUCGUUAAUCCAACGCCUUAAAGACUACAACUUCCUCGAAGCUGCAGGCUGCAGCAAGCAUUAAUAAGCCAGAGAAGCCAGUAACCAUUUUCUACACCUUCAAGCAAUGGCAGUUCGAUUACAUCGAUGUAGCAAUUGAGCCGAUCAUGACAUGCCAGACCCAAAUGGCGCAAGAUGCCGAAUUCGCGAUUCGCGACUGUCGCCCGGUGCUUUGAAAUUGAUGGACGCCAUAUAGGUAACACCUGUAUUCCAAAGUGAAACCAUCUGCGAAAUGAAUUGUGCUAUAUAUUCUCAAUGUCUGAGAAGAUCAGACUCUCCAAAUGCACUUAAUCAGCUUGAUCAACAACAGCAAGCAGUCCUCCGAAGUCCACCCAGGCUCCUGACCCGUCCUGAGGUCUUGAUCAUCUUCUAGCCCCUGACAGCCAGACCACCAUGGCCGCAGCCACAACCACAUCCAGCACCCCUCAACCGCCGCAGGGCGACGUGAUCGCCACGCUCAACUUCUACUCCCCCCCUGAGGACCGUUCCACGCCGUACAUGCUGGCAGGCGACGUGCCGGCCGACGUCGACCCAAGCAAACGGCGCAACUUCUCCGACGUGGGCAUUCCGGUGCUGAUCCGCGACGUCCGCGCCAACGCCUCCGACUACUCCCUCGACCGCGACGCCUUCCAAAUCGUCCUCAACCAGCCCGCUUCCUCAGAACAAUCCUUCACCGACGACGCCUCCAUCGAGGCAAACUACUACCCGGAAGUCACCGCGCUGCUGCACUCCCUGAUCCCCUCGGCGCACAAGGUGGUCAUCUUUGACCACACGAUCCGGCGCGCCGCGGCCGACGCGCCCCGCACGCCUGUCAACCGCGUGCACAUCGACCAGACGCCUUCGUCAGCAAUGCAGCGGGUGCGGCGGCACGGUGGUGCGUCUUCCCCGGAGGAAGCCGAGGCGCUUCUUGCGGGGCGGUACCGCAUCAUCAACGUGUGGCGGCCCCUGAACCGGGGGCCCGUCGAGUCGUCCCCGCUGGCGUUUGCGUCGUCGUCGACGCUGCGCGAUGAGGACAUUGUUCCCGUCGAGCACCGCUACGUUGACUCCGGUUACGUGGGCCAGACGGCCGCCAUCAAGUACCAUGAAGGGCAGAAGUGGUAUUAUUUGAGUGGCAUGACGGGGGAUGAGCGGAUCCUCCUUGAGUGCUUCGACAGCGAGGCGCUGAGGGACGGGACGGCGGUGCAGGGAGGGCGGGUACCGCAUAGUGCAUUUGAGGAUCCCCGGACGAGGGAGGGCGCGGAGGCGAGGGAGAGUAUUGAAGUUCGGGCGCUCGUUUUUGGGUAGAGGGAAAAGCUGGGGACAUAGCAUAGCGGGUUUGUUUGAUCUGGUUUUCUCUACUUUGAUUUAGGUAGCGCCGC